AUGUCCUUCGAGGGAGCCAGGCUCAGCAUGAGGAGCCGCAGGAACGGGGCUCUGGGCAGCACCCGGACUCUCUACUCCAGUGUGUCUCGGAGCACAAAUGUGUCCUACAGUGACAGUGAUUUGGUGGAUUUUAUCCAGGCAAAUUUUAAAAAGCGAGAGUGCAUCUUCUUCACCAGAGACUCCAAGGCCAUGGAGAGCAUUUGCAAGUGUGGCUAUGCCCAGAACCAGCACAUCGAAGGCACCCAGAUCAACGAAAACGAGAAGUGGAACUACAAGAAACAUACCAAGGAGUUUCCGACAGACGCCUUUGGUGACAUUCAGUUUGAGACUCUGGGGAAGAAAGGCAAGUAUAUCCGCUUGUCCUGCGACACAGACUCGGAAACUCUGUAUGAACUGCUGACCCAGCACUGGCACCUCAAAACACCCAACCUGGUCAUUUCAGUGACUGGUGGCGCCAAAAACUUCGCACUGAAGCCACGCAUGCGCAAGAUCUUCAGCCGGCUGAUUUACAUCGCACAGUCUAAAGGUGCUUGGAUUCUCACGGGAGGUACUCACUACGGUCUGAUGAAGUACAUAGGUGAAGUGGUAAGAGAUAACACCAUCAGCAGGAAUUCAGAAGAGAACAUCGUGGCCAUUGGCAUCGCGGCAUGGGGCAUGGUCUCCAACAGGGACACCCUCAUCCGGAAUUGUGAUGAUGAGGGAUAUUUCUCGGCUCAGUACAUCAUGGAUGACUUCAAGAGAGACCCUCUCUACAUCCUUGACAACAAUCACACCCAUCUGUUGCUUGUGGACAAUGGAUGUCAUGGACACCCCACAGUGGAAGCCAAGCUGCGGAAUCAGCUGGAGAAGUACAUCUCGGAGCGGACCAGUCAAGAUUCCAACUACGGUGGUAAGAUCCCCAUCGUGUGUUUUGCUCAAGGAGGUGGAAGAGAGACUUUGAAAGCCAUCAACACCUCCAUCAAAAGUAAGAUCCCCUGUGUGGUGGUGGAAGGCUCCGGGCAGAUUGCUGACGUGAUUGCCAGCCUGGUGGAGGUGGAGGAUGUUCUGACCUCUUCCAUGGUCAAAGAGAAGCUGGUGCGGUUUUUACCACGCACUGUGUCCCGGCUGCCUGAAGAGGAGAUCGAGAGCUGGAUCAGAUCUCUCAAAGAAAUUCUUGAGUGUCCCCACCUACUCACAGUUAUCAAGAUGGAAGAGGCAGGAGACGAGGUUGUGAGCAACGCCAUUUCCUAUGCACUGUACAAAGCCUUUAGCACUAAUGAGCAAGACAAGGACAAUUGGAACGGGCAACUGAAGCUUCUACUGGAGUGGAACCAAUUGGACCUUGCCAGUGAUGAGAUCUUCACCAACGACCGCCGAUGGGAGUCGGCUGACCUGCAGGAAGUCAUGUUCACGGCGCUCAUAAAGGACAGGCCCAAGUUUGUCCGUCUUUUCCUGGAGAACGGCCUGAAUCUGCAGAAGUUUCUCACCAACGACGUCCUCACGGAGCUCUUCUCCGCCCACUUCAGCACCCUCGUGUACCGGAACCUGCAGAUCGCCAAGAACUCCUACAACGAUGCGCUCCUCACCUUCGUCUGGAAGCUGGUGGCUAACUUCCGUAGAAGCUUCUGGAAGGAAGACAGAAGCAGUCGGGAGGACUUGGAUGUGGAACUCCAUGAUGCAUCUCUCACCACCCGGCACCCCCUGCAAGCUCUUUUCAUCUGGGCCAUCCUCCAGAACAAGAAGGAACUCUCCAAGGUCAUUUGGGAGCAGACCAAAGGCUGUACUCUGGCAGCCUUGGGAGCCAGCAAGCUUCUGAAGACCCUGGCUAAAGUCAAGAAUGAUAUCAAUGCUGCUGGGGAAUCCGAGGAACUGGCCAAUGAAUAUGAAACCCGAGCUGUGGAGUUGUUCACCGAGUGCUACAGCAACGAUGAAGACCUGGCAGAGCAGCUGCUGGUCUACUCCUGUGAAGCCUGGGGCGGGAGCAACUGCCUGGAGCUGGCGGUGGAGGCCACAGACCAGCAUUUUAUUGCUCAGCCUGGGGUCCAGAAUUUUCUUUCUAAGCAAUGGUAUGGAGAGAUUUCCCGAGACACAAAGAACUGGAAGAUUAUCCUGUGUCUAUUUGUCAUCCCCCUGGUGGGCUGUGGCCUCGUAUCAUUCAGGAAGAAGCCAAUUGACAAGCACAAGAAGCUGCUCUGGUACUACGUGGCCUUCUUCACCUCGCCCUUCGUGGUCUUCUCCUGGAACGUGGUCUUCUACAUUGCCUUCCUCCUGCUGUUUGCCUACGUGCUGCUCAUGGACUUCCACUCUGUGCCACACACGCCAGAGCUGAUCCUCUAUGCCCUGGUCUUCGUCCUCUUCUGUGAUGAAGUGAGGCAGUGGUACAUGAACGGCGUGAAUUAUUUCACUGACCUGUGGAACGUCAUGGACACCCUGGGGCUCUUCUACUUCAUAGCAGGGAUCGUGUUCCGACUCCACUCUUCUAAUAAAAGCUCUUUGUACUCCGGGAGAGUCAUUUUCUGUCUGGAUUACAUUAUAUUCACUCUAAGGCUUAUCCACAUCUUCACUGUUAGCAGGAACUUAGGACCCAAGAUUAUAAUGCUACAGCGAAUGCUGAUCGACGUUUUCUUCUUCCUGUUUCUCUUUGCCGUGUGGAUGGUAGCCUUUGGCGUGGCCAGGCAGGGGAUCCUUAGACUGAAUGAACAGCGCUGGAGGUGGAUCUUCCGCUCUGUCAUCUAUGAGCCCUACCUGGCCAUGUUUGGCCAGGUGCCCAGUGACGUGGAUGGUACCACAUAUGAUUUUUCCCACUGCACCUUCUCGGGCAACGAGUCCAAGCCCCUGUGUGUGGAGAUGGAUGAGAACAACUUGCCCCGCUUCCCUGAGUGGAUCACCAUCCCUCUGGUGUGUAUCUACAUGCUCUCCACCAACAUCCUGCUCGUCAACCUCCUGGUCGCCAUGUUUGGCUACACAGUGGGCACCGUGCAGGAGAACAACGAUCAGGUCUGGAAGUUCCAGCGCUACUUCCUGGUGCAGGAGUACUGCAACCGCCUCAACAUCCCCUUCCCCUUCGUCGUCUUCGCUUACUUCUACAUGGUGGUGAAGAAGUGUUUCAAAUGCUGCUGCAAAGAGAAGAACAUGGAGUCUUCCGCCUGCUGUUUCAGAAAUGAGGACAAUGAGACAUUGGCAUGGGAAGGUGUCAUGAAGGAGAAUUACCUUGUCAAGAUCAACACGAAAGCCAACGACAGCUCAGAGGAGAUGAGGCAUCGGUUUAGACAACUGGAUACAAAGCUUAACGAUCUCAAAGGUCUCCUGAAAGAGAUUGCUAGCAAAAUCAAAUAA